AUGGAAGAUACGGCGCCAUCCAAGCCCAGCUUAGCAGAUCCUCACGCAUGGCAACCAAUUAAAGAUGUUGUCACAGCUGAAAUGAAGUUUGGGAUAUCUCUAUUAGGAGACCACUGCGGCAUUGAAAACAUAGGGGGCCAGUACCAUAUGGUGUUUACAGCUUGUUUCCAGAAACCCCCCAACAAGAUCCAUCUCAUAUCCUGCCCGCAAUUGAUUCGCGCAGCUAAUUUAACCCCUGAUAAGCAGGAGUCACUUCAGAUCAACCUUGAAGCUGCUUUGGGCCGUAUAGCAAAAGAGGAGUGGGACAAACUCAAGAGAUGUUAUAACAUUAGGGUUUAG